AUGUCCAGCGAAGACUACUACGUGAUCCUCGGGAUCGAGCGCACUGCAUCAGAUGCCGAGAUUAAGAAAGCCUACCGAAAGACCGCUUUGCAAAAUCAUCCCGACAAGAACCCAGGCAACGCCGAAGCAGAAGCCAGAUUUAAGGCUGCCACUGAGGCCUACGAAAUUCUGAGCGACUCCCAGAAACGAUCAAUUUACGACCAGUAUGGUAAGGAGGGUCUCAAUGGUGCCGGCGGCGGCAGCGGCAUGCCCGCCGAGGAUCUCUUCGCCCAGUUCUUCGGAGGCGGUGGUUUCGGUGGCAUGGGAGGCAUGUUUGGCGGCGGCGGUGCCAGCCGUGGCCCUCCCAAGGCGCGCACCAUUCAUCACACUCACAAGGUUUCGCUCGAGGACAUUUACCGAGGAAAGGUCUCCAAGCUUGCUUUGCAAAGAUCCAUCAUCUGCCCCAAGUGCGAUGGCCUUGGCGGCAAGAAAGGUGCUGUGAACAAGUGUAAUGGCUGUGAUGGCCACGGUAUGAAGACCAUGAUGCGCCAGAUGGGUCCCAUGAUCCAGCGCUUCCAGACCGUCUGCCCAGACUGUAACGGUGAAGGUGAAAUCAUCAAGGAGAAGGAUCGUUGCAAGCAGUGCAAUGGUAAGAAGACCAUUGUCGACAGAAAGGUCCUGCACGUUCACGUUGAUCGCGGUGUGCGAAGCGGCACCAAGGUCGAAUUCCGAGGCGAGGGUGACCAGGCUCCUGGAGUUCAGGCCGGCGAUGUUGUUUUCGAAAUCGAACAGAAGCCUCAUGCGCGAUUCACGCGCAAGGAAGAUGACCUGCUCUACAAAUGCGAUAUUGAGUUGGUAACUGCCUUGGCUGGUGGUACCAUCUACGUCGAGCAUCUCGACGAUCGCUGGCUGGCGAUUGAUAUCUUACCUGGCGAAGCUAUCGCUCCUGAUUCCGUCAAGAUGGUCCGUGGUCAAGGUAUGCCCUCGCACCGUCUCCACGACAUGGGUAACCUGUACAUCCACUUCAACGUCAAGUUCCCCGAAAAGAACUGGACUGAAGAUGAGGCUGCUUUCGCCCAGCUUCAAAGAAUCCUACCUCAACCUUCUGUCCAGAACGUGCCUCCCAGCGAGGCUAUGACCGAGCCCGCCGAUCUGGAAGAAAUUGAUAGCCACUCACAAAGCCGAGUCUUUAGCAGCCCUGGCAUGGAAGAUGAUGAUGAGGACGGACAUCCUGGUGCUGAGCGCGUCCAGUGUGCAUCACAGUAA